CGGCCUUUGUCCUCCAGUGGCUGGGAGGCAGCUGCGGUGUCGGCGUCGCGGUGGGUGGCGAGACGCGGCGCGGCGAGCGAGCGAGCCAGCCCGGCGGCGGCCGGAGGAGCCGGGCAGGAGCGCGCGCAGAGAGCCGGUGCCCGCGCGCCCCAGGUGGCAGGAGCAGCCCGCACGCCGCUCUCUCUCCUGGAGGGAGCUGCAGUUGCAAUAUGACUCUGGAGGAAUUCGCGACUGGAGAGCAGAAGAUCGAAAGGAUGGAUAAAGUGGGGGACGCCCUGGAAGAAGUGCUCAGCAAAGCCCUGAGUCAGCGCACCAUCACUGUCGGGGUGUACGAAGCGGCCAAGCUGCUCAACGUCGACCCCGACAACGUGGUGCUGUGCCUGCUGGCGGCCGACGAGGACGACGACCGGGACGUGGCCCUGCAGAUCCACUUCACCCUGAUCCGGGCGUUCUGCUGCGAGAACGACAUCAACAUCCUGCGCGUCAGCAACCCGGGCCGGCUGGCCGAGCUGCUGCUGCUGGAGCCCAGUGCGAGUCCGGCCAGCGAGGGCGCGCAGCAGCCCCCCGACCUGCACUGCGUGCUGGUGACGAAUCCACAUUCGUCACAAUGGAAGGAUCCGGCCCUGAGUCAACUUAUUUGUUUUUGCCGGGAAAGUCGCUACAUGGACCAGUGGGUGCCAGUGAUUAAUCUCCCUGAACGGUGAUGGCAUCUGAAUGAAAAUCACUGAAGCAAAUUGCACUGAAGUUUUGAAAUACCUUUGUAGUUACUCAAGCAGUUACUCCCUACACUGAUGCAAGGAUUACAGAAUUGAUGUCGAAGGGGCUGAGUUCAACUACAUGUUCUGGGGGCCGGAGAGAGUGAUGACUUUGCAAGGUGGCAAGAGGUAGAAAAUGAAGAAGGAAGCUAUGUUGAAACCAGUAUAAGUCCAAAGGAACAAAAAUUACGAAGUACCAAGCAGGACGGAAAACAAACUCUCUUAUAAAUUUGGGGUGGCUGAGUUACAUUUAAAUAUACCAAAUAUGCUUUGUAAAAGGUUUCAAUGUGCCACAGGCAUUGGCGUCCUUUUGGCUUAUGUGCCCUCAAGUAAAAGAAAAACAAAAAGGGUUAAUCCUAUUUGACAACCAUAUUUUAUUAUUCUUUGAUGAGAUGUUCAUUCUCAAAGUUUUAUUAUAAAUCCUAAGUUAUUUUAUGAUGUGAAAGGUUAUUUAUGCUAUAAAUUUUUGAAACAUUAUACCUACAAUAAACUGGUUAUGGAUAAUUGCA